AUGCCAGGUCCAAUCGUCACCCCCUCCGAGUGGCUCAUCGCCCGCAAAACCCUCCUUACCAAAGAAAAAGCCGCCCUCGCAACCACCCUCGCCCUCCGCCACGAACUCCAAACCACCUUCCCCAUGACCCUCGUCGAAAAAGACUACACUUUCACCACCACCACCGGGCCUGUCUCACUCCCAUACCUCUUCCACGGCCGCAAACAGCUUAUUAUCUAUCAUUUCAUGCUCGGUCCGGACGAGGUUAACGAAAGAGCUUGUGUAGGGUGCAGUUUCGUCGCUGAUCAUAUCCCGAGGCUGGGGCAUUUGAAUAGUCGGGAUACAACGCUCGUCGUCGUCUCGCGCGCGCCGAUUGAGCGGAUCAUGGCGUUCAAGACAAAAAUGGGCUGGACGUUUCCGUGGGUUUCGAGUCUGGGAAGUGAGUUUAACUAUGAUUUCCAGGCGACGCUGGAUGAGGAAGUGAAAAAGCCGGUGGUGUUUAAUUACAAAGAGACGACGGGGAAGGGGGAACGGCCUGGAUUGAGCGUUUUUGUGAGGAGGGAGGAGGGGGUUUGUCAUUCUUAUAGUACGUAUGCGAGGGGUUUGGAGGGGCUUAUGGGGACGUAUGCGUUGUUGGAUUGGACGCCGGGGGGGAGGCGGGAUGGGGGGAGGGCGAUGGGGUGGAUGUUGAGUGGGGAGUAUGAGGGGGAGGGUGGGAGGGGUGGGUGUGCGUGUGAGGAUCGGAGUGAGAAUGUGAUGGCGAAGGAUGGUGGGGAUAUUGAUGGCGAGAAUGAGAAGGAGGCUUGA